ACGACGUCAUUUUGUGUUGGAUGCCUUGCUUGGCAUCGUAGUUGUCUGGUUGGUUGCGUCUCUGAGUCUGCAGAGAGAAAGAGAAACUGAAAAAUGGGUGCAGAAGCAGAAGACGUUAAAGAGGCAGAGAACAAGCUCAGCCCUAAUAACACUAUUAACCCCAAUGCCAUCACACAAUCCCAGUUCCUCUCCUGGAAACGCCGCAAGGAGGCUGAUGCAUUAGCUAGAAAAGCUGAAGCAGUAAGGAAACGUGAGGAAGAUAUAGCUGCAGGGACAGUGGAAAUGAAUGGCCGUGAGCUCUUCACUCAUGAACCUUGGGUUUUUGAUAACACUCGUUAUUGAGGGCUCUCUUUUUAUCUUCUUUAUCUUCAUGUUGGUGGUUCUAUACGCAGUGCCUCUUGAUACUUGUUGUUUUCCUUCUUAAGAUAGUUGUCUUCUGUAUUCUCGUAUAGUAUAGCAGUGACCAAUUGGAGGCUAUCCCUCGAGUCAAGGCUCUACCUAAUCAAAGAAACUAAGUGAUGUAACUGUCCCUGUUCUUUAAGACCUCUCAUGUAAUGGCUUGAUUCAACGUCAUUUUGCAUGAUUGUAGUUUCUUUCAUUGAAAAAGGAUUAGUUGUCUUCAAAUGAAUAUGACAUUAAUCUUUCUCAAGAAAUAAUUGUGAUAGCCUCCUCUCAAUUCCAUGGGAAAUAAGUUCUUGGUUAACGAAUUUGACACAGAAUCUGAAUUCUAGCCCCGCAGGGCAGCAUCUCUAUAUUAUGUCUGUCUAAGCUAUAGGGCUUCUAUUGAAUUCAAUUAUUCGACUUAGUGCGGUUGGUCCGAUCUGAGCUUUAUCAAUAGGAGUAAAAUAAAAAUACGUGUUUAGAUGAAUAUGAAGCCCUUAAGAAGAGUAUAUUAUCUUUUAUGAGAAAGGCUUCCCGGGGAUGGGGGGUGGGUGGGGGUAUUGGAGUUCAUAAACUUUAUUUGCUCAAUGAGUUAUUGCGCUGAUAGUGAUGGUGUUUCUGAUUGGAAUAUCUAGACACACUAAUUUAUGUUUUAUUAUACGUGACAGGCAAAGAGAAGGGUCAGUUGGAGUAUAAACUUAACACCGAGAAGUGAAAGAUGUAAUUGAAAACUCAUCUAGUAUCUUUGGGGCGAUCUGUUUAGUGGACACAAUUUAGUCGCAAUAAUAAUGAUUAUGCUUUAACAUAUCAGAAUAUGUUUUGCAACAUUAGGGGAGCACUCACAUUUAUAAUAUAGUUUCUGUGAUUUGUAAGCCUUGUUGUCUGUUCUGUUAUACUUAUGGUAGAAUUCCAUCUAAAUGUAGUCUGGUUUAUGUACUUGUUACCAUUGUAUUACCCCGUAUGAAAUCUAGGUUAUCUAACCUUUUAAUCUU